AUGAUAUCUGGCCUCUUUCUAGUCCACUGGGCCGAAGCAGAAAGCCUAUAUGCCCACAGCGAGGUUCUUUUGUAUCGACAGUACCACAAUGACCUUCCCCAUCCGCAAGUCCUCUUCGGUAAAUUCGACCUGGUGUACAAGUUACAAGAGGAAUACGAACGAACGCCGUUUAUCAGUGUUGACGGUAUCAACUUUGCAUAUAUUCCAGGAGACAAUGGCAUUUUCGUGGUAGUCGUGAGUCGAAAAAACAUCGAUGCCAUGCUGGCUGUCUUAUUCCUCCAUCAAUUUUAUGGAACACUAUGCCAUUAUUUAUGUGAUUCAAAUACGGGAGGUGAAUCUGCUUCUGAAGCCAACAAGCCAAGGCUCCAAAAGUUGCACAAGGACACAAUUAUCGAUAACUUCAACUUGGUGUAUGAGCUCUUUGAUGAGUGCAUGGACUACGGAAUUGUCCAAUUGACUGACUAUAACAUUUUAAAGGAGUAUAUAAAGGUCGAAGCUAAUCGUCCCAAGCUAGUGGGUGUGGAGUCUAUAGAUGCAGACUCGUCUUCUGACUCAAGCUCGGACGAAGAAACCACGAAAAAGAAGAAGAACAAGAACAAGCACAAAAAGACAAUUAAAGAGCAUAAAAAUGUCAAAUCUACCCACAAUCAAGCUGUGAAGACGGAUGUGAUAUCGCCGGAAUCAACUUAUAUCAACAGUUCCAUUCUCCGGUCAUCAGCACUGAGCAUUAGUUGGAGACCCAAAGGAAUCUUUUAUGCCAAAAACGAAAUAUUUAUAGACAUGAUUGAAAGCUGUGAGUUUGCCUAUGAUCUUGAAAGCCAGUUUAUCAAGCGUAACGAGAUCCGAGGCGUAUGUGAUGUCAAGUGCUACUUGUCGGGAAUGCCGUUGUGUAACUUGGGGUUCAAUGAAACAAAAAUUUCAGGAAUUGCAUCCAGUGAUGACUUUGAUUUGGAAGGUAACCAAUUGACAAGUGUGGAAGUAGAGGACGCUGAAGAAGACCAAAGUAGUGCAAAAGAACACACACAUGUACCAAUUUCCAACGUUCAAUUCCACCAGUGUGUCGACUUGAGCACUGUCUACCGCAACAACCUUAUCAAGUUUAUUCCUGCCGACCACAAGUUCACGCUAAUGUCUUAUCGAGUCGAGCAGCAGAAACAGCGCCGUAAACUUCCACUAAUCAUGUUAAAACCUACUUACGUUGUGAACACAGCUGAGAAAACAGUCCAGGUCAUGUGUGAGCUCUCGACCCAUUUCAAAAAACGGCUUCGUGCCAACAACAUUCAGAUUGUGCUCCCUAUUGAUCCUCAUAUAUUUUCCCCACUGGCAAGCAAUCCGGACUUUAAGUAUAAGGCACAGCUGGGUGACGUGAGUUACAAGAUUGACUCGUCGCUGCUCUUGUGGAACAUCGAAAGUUUAGUUGGUUCGCAGUCUUCGGUCAAAAUGAUGGCACAAUUGAACUUAGAUUCAUGUCUUGAAACCAAGGAGCUUUUCUCGUAUAUCAGGCGGGAAAAUACCCAGUUCAAGAACCGACCACAACCACAAGAAGACGACGCCGGUAUUGACUCACUAGACCAAUUUUAUGGAGUCAACGGUGCCUCCUCGUCCUUAGCUCCAAAACUUCACGAGCUCUCUAAAAAAACACACAACUACAGCGAUAUCAAUGUCAAAUUUACUAUUCCCAUGCUUUCCUAUCUGGGUCUAAAAAUCACCUACGUCAAAGUGGAAGAAGAGCAAAUGAAAUAUACCUGUUUCCCGUGGAUCCGGUACCUCACGCAGUCCAACUACGACACCUCACUUUCACAAACCAACAUGUCUUCGAAUUACGUAUUCAAUUUGGGACCCAGUUCCUUCCAGGUGAUCUAG